CGGAGCUUCGGGCUAACCUGAGGAGGGAGCGGCACGUCUACCGCGCAGGCCCAGAACCGCCCGAGCCGCGGCUGCCGGGCGACGCCCAAGAGCGGAAGAGGGAAGUGGAUCGGCCGCCGGGCUGCGGGUUCGUGUCGCUGGGCUAGGCUCACUGAGGUACGGGCGGACCGGAGAAGAGGCCUUUGCGGCCCGUACGGAUCAGGGAUGUCGAAGAACACGGUGUCGUCGGCCCGCUUCCGGAAGGUGGACGUGGAUGAGUACGACGAGAACAAGUUCGUGGACGAGGAAGACGGAGGCGAUGGUCAGGCCGGGCCCGACGAGGGCGAGGUGGACUCCUGCCUGCGACAAGGAAACAUGAUGGCUGCUCUCCAGGCAGCUCUGAAAAACCCUCCUAUCAACACCAAGAGUCAGGCAGUGAAGGAUCGGGCAGGCAGCAUUGUCUUGAAGGUUCUCAUCUCCUUUAAAGCUAAUGAUAUUGAAAAGGCCGUUCAAUCUCUGGACAAGAAUGGUGUGGAUCUCCUCAUGAAGUAUAUUUAUAAAGGCUUUGAGAGCCCAUCUGACAAUAGCAGUGCUAUAUUAUUACAAUGGCAUGAAAAGGCACUUGCUGCAGGAGGAGUAGGGUCCAUCGUUCGUGUCUUGACUGCCAGGAAAACCGUGUAGUCCAGCCGGAACUGGAUUUCAGCCACGAGAGUGGGAGUUGCUGGUACAAAGACCAAAACAACCAAAUGCCAUCGCUGCCCCGUGGGCAGCAUCUGUUUCUCUCAGCUUUGCCUUCUUGCUUCCUUUUUUCAUAUCUGUAAAGAAGAAAAUUACAUAUCAGUUUUCCUUCAAUGAGAAUUGGGAUGAAAUAGAGGAAACUGUUCAUUGGGAGUGUUCCGUCCCCUCAUAAUCGUUUCAAUGAUGUGUAUACCAAUCAUGUAUGAUUUACAUAUAAGUUUGAUCGUGCAAUUUAAACCCUAAUGACUGAUUUUUGUUAUAUUAUUUUUAACUAAUACUGAGAGAUCUGAUCAGAAUUUGAGGCCAGUUUCCUAACUCAUUGCUAAUCAAGAAGUGAUCUUUAGUUUUUAAAACAAAUGAGAGACUGGCAGCUAUUAACAUUGGAAAACUGGACCAUGCUUCCUUUUUUAAGUAAAUCUAUUUCUGGAAGAAGUGGUGAAUGACCACCACUACAAAUCUCCACCUUGACUUCUGCUUGCCUUCAGAUUCUGCUGAGCUUAAAUAUGCUAAUGCCUUUUAGCAUCCAGUUGUCAUGGCUUCUCAACUUUUUUGUGGUCACCCAGGGUCCAGAGCAAGGAGUCUUGCUCUACACAAGUCUGUCUAUAAAAGAUCAGAGCCUGUUUGGCACACACAUUAAACUUUUGUUCUGAUAAUAUGGUUCUGUUUGGGGAAUGACUCCCAAGUCAGAAAGGACAUAUUGUAAUUCAGACUCUGGGCAGCCUCUGAGUGAAAUACUAUUUUCUGUAAAAAUACAGUAGCUGCCUUAAACAUUGUGAGGUAUACACAAGUAUUUAAUAUGCCCUGUAAAUCCCUCAGUGUUCUUCAGGGUAAUUGGGAUCUCAGAAGAUUUGGUUCAGAUCCAA